CUCCCAACAGGGCCUGUGUUCAUUAAGCACUGCUUACAUGACCUACCAGGUGUCCUGAAAAGGCUGUCACUCCAUCCUGACAGUGACAACACACCACAUAUAGGGCAAGAUAUGCUGCCAUACACACCCCUGCACAUUGCACAAUGGGUCACAAAGCUUGAAGUCAACGCGGCAAUGGGAACAUGACUUCUGCACAUGCGGAGAGAUACUGGAUGCAAGAGCUCCUGCAACAGCCGGGUCUUCCCCAUGCGAGAAAGAGGCACUGCGCAUUUCAGCACUGCAAGAUUAGCUGGAGUGAGUGUAUCGCUCAACCCUGUGCUUCCUCUUCCUCUUCAACCUGCAAGUGGGGUGGGAAAUUCCCACAGUGCCUGCAGCCUUUCCUUGGUGUGAAUUGCCAAUUCCACGUUGCGAUUCCACGCUGGGGAGUUGAAAUAAGUAGAAAAAUUGGUCUUUAUUAUCUUUUACAUGUUUUGUUCUCUCUUCCUCAACAGCAUUCAAGCAGCAAAUCAAGCCUCUUGGAAAAUGAAGAAAGAAAAGGGAUGAGGCACUAUGCAGCCCUGAGCAAUGUCGAUGCCAAGCAGGAAGAAAUGUCACCUUACUCCCUGCUCACUGUAAGAAUCGUAAGGUUGAGAAAUGCUCAUCAGGCAGAUUUUUUAAGCCAAUCUGAUUGCUAUGUGAGCCUCUGGUUGCCAAAUGCUUUGGAUGAAAAACUCCACACCAAAACCAUAAAAAACUGCAGAAAUCCCGUGUGGAAUGAAACUUUCUACUUCCGAAUACAGAGACAAGUCAAGAAUAUUCUGGAAAUUACUGUUUCUGAUGAAGACAUCAUUCAUGAUGAUUACCAUGCAACUGUGCUUUUUGAUGUAGCUAAAAUCCCCCUUGGGGAAAGAGUGCUGACAGCAUUCCUGCUAAAGCCACAGAGGACGGAGGAACUCGAAGUUGAGUUUGUAUUGGAGAGCAUCCCGGAUCCUCCUGAAACCAUCAUCACAAAUGGGGCAAUAGUGAGUCGUGAAGUAGCCUGCUUGGAAGUUCACUUGGACAGCAGGAUGAAAAAGAAGCAUUUUUCAGAAAACGAGCUAACAUUUACAGUGAGAGGAUCCUUUGAAGAAACUCAGACAGCUUCGGUGGGCUGUGACUCCAGCUCCCCUCUCCAAGGACCCAUUUUCUUCCACUAUGCCAAAUACAAGCAACCUUCUCUGGAUGUUGUACUCACAAAGAAGAGGAGGCUUCCCACCUUUUGCGCUUGUGUGCCACGGAGAGCAAGAAGGAGCAGAGGCAUCCCCCUGACUCUCCCUCUGAAGUCACUCCCCUCCAAGUGGGAAGUAGUUGGCGAGGCUGGAGGUCCCUGGGUGCCGCUAGGACAGCGGGGUGAGGUUGCGGCCUGGCACGCUGCCACGGGGGGCAAACCUGCGCCACACUUACUGGGUGCUCGGCCUCUUCGGCUUCCCCUUGUAUCUCGUAUUGUUGAGAGGGAGACUUCAGUCUCAAGACUCGUGUUUAAUGGUGGACCCUUCCAGGGAGUCUAUAAAUGGGAUGUCAAUUACCUGAUCCUCUGUUCCAGCCAGCAGGACCUAGAUGUACGCCUGGGGUUUGACCUGUGUGCCCAGGAACAGGAUUUCAUUUGCAAGCGGAAGAAGGUGGUUGCAGCUGCUCUGAAGGACAUUCUUCAGCUGGAGGAUGACUUGCAGGAUGAUGAGGUACCUGUGGUGGCAAUCAUGACAACGGGUGGUGGAACCAGAGCUCUGACGGCCAUGUACGCUCACCUUCUCAGUGUGCAGGAACUGAAUGUAUUGGACUGUGUAUCAUACAUCACUGGGUUAUCCGGCACAACAUGGACCAUGUCAAACUUGUAUGAAGAUCCUGACUGGUCCCAAAAGGAUCUUAAGGAAACACUCAAUGAUGUCCGAAAGCAUGUGCUCAAAAAUAAGUUCUUCACUUGUUUUGCCCCCAAUCGUCUGAAAUACUAUUUGAAAGAGUUGUGCCAGAGGGAAAAGGAAGGACAUCAGAUAUGUUUCACAGAUCUGUGGGGACUCAUCAUUGAAACCAUGUUACAUGAAAAGGAGGACUCCCAUAAGCUCACAGAUCAGCAGCAGGCACUAAAUCAAGGUCAGAAUCCCCUGCCCAUCUACCUCUCUCUCAAUGUGAAGGAUAAAAUCAGCGACCAGGAUUUUAGAGAAUGGGUGGAAUUCACCCCUUAUGAGGUAGGAUUCCCGAAAUAUGGUGCCUUCAUUCAUGCAGAAGACUUCGGUAGUGAGUUCUUCAUGGGUCGCCUGAUGAAAAAAAUCCCAGAAUCCAGAAUCUGCUUUUUGGAAGGAAUCUGGAGCAGUGUAUUUUCCUUGAAUCUUAUGGAUGCUUGGUAUAUAUCUGUUAAUUCAGAAGACUUCUGGCACAAAUGGACCCGAGACAAAAUUACUGACAUAGAUGAUGAAACCCUAUUCCCUGCAAGACCAAAUGAGCUGGAUACUCGAGUAGUUUGUCCCACUGACAGCUUUUCAAACAUCUUCCGAGAUGUUGCCAUGGUACGUCCAGCAGCUUCAGAAAUCCAUAACUUCCUGAAGGGCCUCCAGAUGAACAACAACUACCUAGAGAGCGAGUUUUCCAAAUGGAAAGACUGUGAGCUUGACUCUCAGCCCAACCACCUGACAGGAGCAACAGACUACCUCAUCCUGAUCGAUACAGCAUUUGCCUUUGCUACCAGUUACCCACCCCUUAUGAGACCAGAAAGGAAAGUAGAUGUCAUUUUGCAUUUCAACUACAGUUCAGGCUCCCAGACAAGGCCCCUGAAAGAAGCCUCUCAAUACUUUGCAAAACAGGGAAUUCCUUUCCCUACAAAGGUGCCAGAUGAUCAGGAAACUCCACACCUGAAGGAAUGCUACAUUGUUGGUGACAAGGAGGGCCCAGAAACACCUAUUGUGAUAUUUUUCCCUCUAGUAAAUGACACCUUCAGGGACUACAAAGCACCUGGUGUGAAACGUAGUCCCUCAGAGAUGGCAGAGGGUGAUGUUGAUGUUGCCAAUACCUGUGGUCCGUAUUACAUAAACAAUCUGAGUUAUUCAGAGGAAGAUUUUGACAAACUGGUGAACCUAAGUUACUACAACGUCCAGAACAAUAAAGGUUUGAUUCUUCAGGCCUUGCGUACCGCUGUGGAGCGGAAAAAGCAGUACAAGAAAGAGCAACCACAGCAAAAACCACCCAGUAGAGAUGGUAUGCGUGUGUCUGAUAGAGAGGGAACCCAGCAUCUGGCCAACUGCCCAGCACUAGCAAGUAUGAAAUAAAGUAUCUAUGAAUCCUGUUAAUUAAGAAAAAAAUGAAUUUGAUUAAGAAGUGAAGAAAAGCCAAAGAAUGCUAAGAAUAGCACUUUGUCACUGAAAAUGCUAAAGCCUGUCUGUCAGUGAAGGGAAUAAACACAAAAAACAGAGCUCUUCCUUAAUGUGCUUCCUUCGUUGACAACCUCAGGAACAUGGCUAGGUGAGGCUGUGCUCCACUCGUCCUUGCAGCCGUGACCCCUCAGUCCAAGGCCAAGAUGCACGGACAAGGAGGCAUGAGGAAGUUUACGCUGACCGUGUUUGUGCUCUACCUGUGCUAUAAAAAGAGAGGAUUGUCAGUCCAGAAAUGCAUCAGAGAACAAAAUCCAUUGUCUGUAAAACGAAGCCAAGAAGCUCGUUUGUGAACUAAGGAGUCUUUAUGUGAAUGUAAAUAAAUAUUAAGCUUUGUAUAGUAAAACACUUUUCUGGAGUCAGAGUUACAGCAAAUAAACAUUUUUCACAGCAAACACAUUAAAGCCAUUUCUUUUAGGUGCUUCUUCUUCUACUAGCAAGACAAAGUCAACAUGCAGACUUAGUUCAUAGCUGCUGAAAAACAACUGAAGCAGAAAUUACACCUGCUCCAGACCUAGAUGUGAACUGCCCCAGGAUCCUGGGACCCGCUGAAUUUAGGGUUACAUUUAAGACCCAUCUCUACAAGAACCAACUCACGCUGAUUUAUUUUAUUAAGCUGGAUGUAGGUGUUAUUGAUAUAUACCAAAGGUUUAAAGCUUUAACGUUUUUAGAAUAUUGCAUCUGAAAAAAAACCACAAGAAGCACAGACAAAGCAGAUCUAAAAUUGUAUACCUAAUAUCGCUCACCCAAAUGCGAUUUUUUAACUUGCUGUAGAGUAUUGCAACUGAAGGUAAUAGAACGUUAACUUUCAACUUUCUGAUGCUUUGGUCAUCACAUUAACAUGGCUCCUUCCAAGUAAGUGGUCUGUUUCUUUGACAGAUGGAAUCCCAGGUCCCUGUUUAUCCUUUUUCUAAAUUAAUUCUUAUUCAAUGCUUUUGAUUUAUUUAUUAGACAUCUUGUACCUGCAAGCCCAUGUUUCCUACAGGCUUCCCUGCUCCUUGGUUCUGCUCUAGUAUCAUUUAUCAAGAGAUCCUGUUAUUGUGGGCCAAAAAUGGAAGCCCUUCGCCCUUAGGACG